UUACAUUUCUGUAAAAUUUAAUUACAGAAGAAAACCUCUCCCUCUUCUCCAGUUCCUCUUUCACUCCGGUGGUGAUAAAUUUGAAGACUUCAAAAUCAUACAAAUUUGUGCUCAGCAGCUGAAGGAUAACGUGUGAGCAAAAGGGUUCUUACUGGAAAUUAUUGCUGAAUCAUGCUUCCUAAGGACAAGAAACGUGGUUCUCGAGCUCUAGCUCCUGAUAUUCUUAGCAAUCUUCCCGAUAAUAUAAUAGAUGCCAUUGUUAUGCGUUUGCCUUUACGAGAUGCUGUGAGGACAAGCAUCUUAUCUAAGACGUGGAGGUAUAAUUGGUGUAGAUUACCAGUGUGGACGAUUGAUCAGGCACUUUGGGAUAUGACGAAUAACGCAAUAUCCCCUACAACUAGAUUUACAAACAUUAUCUACCACCUAUUGACCCUCCAUGUCGGACCGAUUUCUAAGUUUACCCUCUCCAUUGCCACUCUGGGGAACUGUCCAAAGAUUGACAACUUGAUAUAUUUCCUCUCUAGAAAUGGCAUUCAACACCUUGUUCUUCAAUUCCCAAGGGGUAACCUAUACAAAGUGCCUUCUUCAUUAUUCACAUGUUCGCAAAUAAGCCAUCUGAGUCUCCAAAAUUGUUUGAUAAUGUUUCCACCUGCUUUCAAAGGAUUUGAAAAACUAGUUAGCCUGGAACUUUGUGAUGUCACAAUUCCUUCCAAAUUUAUUGGAAGUUUAAUCUCUUGUUGCCCGUUGCUCGAGCAUUUGGUGCUGCAUUCAACUAUCACGAAUCACAUUCAAAUUAGAGCUCCCAAGUUGAGAUCCUUUGACUUCACUGGCAAGCUAAUAUUUCUUUCUUUAGAAGGUGUCCCUCUUCUUGAGAAACUUUCACUUGUAGAUACUGGAUAUUCUGGGAAGGCAGGAAAAUGUGGUAUCGCCAAGUUUCUCGAGUCUUUUCCUGCUCUCAAGCAUCUCCACUUGGAUUAUUUUAGUGUCCGGUUCUUUGCAGGUGAAGUACCAAAACUGCUCCCUUUUGCUCUUAACUCUCUUAAACGUCUUCACCUAUCCGAGUUUUCUCUAGAUGAACUAGAUGUGGCUUCGUGUGCUCUUUACUUGAUAAAAAGCUUCCCCUUUUUACAAGAAAUCGAAAUUGAGGUGUAUGAUGAUUGGGUUGAACCUGCGGGGGGUGAUGUUACCAGUGAGAUUCUAGAGAAAGUUAAAAGCUUAUCGAAUGUGACAUUGAAUCACCUCAGAGUUGUUGAGUUUGCUGGUAUUACAGGCACAGAUCCUGAAAUGCAACUUAUCAAGCUUCUCUUAGCCAAGUCUCCGAAGCUCGCUAGAAUGCUAAUCAAGCCUGGUGUAGGAGAUGAUACUCCUAAAUCAAGAAUUGAGGUACUCGCAGAGAUAACACAAUUUCGACGAGCAUCACCCAGAGCAGAAGUUGUGUACAAACUUGCAUAGAGUACUUCCAGAUUACAUUCCUGCUCAACUUAACUUAUCUUUUUUGCAAGACCAUGGACCAUGUUCUGUUAAAUAGUCUUUUAGAUCUCUGACUAUCCUUGUUGUUGCGCGAUACUGGUUGACAUUGGGGUUUCCAGUUACAAUCCCCUUUAAAUACUCUGGUUGAUAUUUAAGUCUCUUGUGUAUAA